AUGGUUCUUGACGCCGGCGGCGUAGCUCGCCGGCGUCACCGCCACUCCUCUCCUCUCUCGGUUCUCGCUGUCUUCUGGUUACUUGUAAUGUCUUCUCCGUCAACGCCGCUACUCUGUUCUUGUGUCUCCUCCACCGUACAUCUUUCUGUUCACCACCGUCUCCUCCGCUGCGCCACACUUCAAGGUUGUGUCUUCGUCACUGCCUCCUCUGUUAAGCCAUUCGCCGCCACCUCCUCUUCUCACUCCACCAUCGCCUCCUCCUCCUCUGCUCAUCCCAUAGUCGUCGCCUCCUCUGCUCAUCCCAUAGUCGUCACCGUAUUUCAUAUUGAUGAGUGGAGAAACGCCGGAGCUGCUACGUUUGAGGGUGGACUCACCAGAUCUGGUCCUCGUCACCUCCUCGUUUCUGUUCGUAACCGGCCAGAUCUACCGACGUCUAUGUUAUCUCCGGAAUGUGUCAUUAUCGGACGAGAGACAAUCUCUCGGUCGCAUCAUCACGACCCUCUGACGUUUCCCUCCAUUUUCGACGGCUGCUUCUCUUCCUCCACUAUCGGAUUUAUUGUGCAAGAGUGUUGUUUCGCCAGAUUUGUUCAGUUUUACUUCAUCGAUGCGUCUCUAUCACACUACGCCGUCUCAAGCAUCGACGGUUCUUCACAAAACCGGUUUUGUUGUUUUCUCGGUCUCUUUGUCGCUGACCUUACUGUGCAAGAGGGUGAACUCGCCGGAUUGACAAGCUACAUCAUCGUUGCGAGUCCAUCACAAUAUGCCGUCUCAAGCAUCGACGGUCUUUCACAGUGUCAACUAAGCGACUUUCGAACCGGAGUGGUGUCCAACCAAUCCGAAGUUUUUUACCUCUUAUCCGAUGUUUGCUCUCACACUUUCUGUUUGGACGAGUGUGAUGACAGUAUGCUUAGGUUUCUGGUCACAAAUUACUCGACUCGAUACGGUAAUAUUGAGUUUCGAGGUUUGAACCUAUUUCAACCAUUAGCUAUGUCAUCAAACUUUCUCUUAAGCGCCUCUUUGGAGGCAAAGCUAGAGCUCGAGAUUCACCUAGUCUCUUCGGUAAGUCUUGUUGGGUUUAAAGCUGUUUAUGCUAAUUUCAGCGUUAUAUCAAGUCAGAUAGGACUUCGUUCUCUCAAUGUUGCCUACGGUUCUAGAGCUUCUCACCUAAGGUUCUCGACAGUCAACAUUUUAGCGGCUUCUUUUAGGUGUUUCAACGUCGUUUUCGACUAUCAAUUGUUCUUUCGAGCAAUCGCCAUGGGAACAAAAGUGAAGCUUCCUUUUGGGUUUCUUCAUUUCGCUGAGCAUGUCUCGCCCCGAGAUGGUUUUAUCUUCACUUAUUUCGUAAUGUUCUCUAGCUUUGUUCUACCGUCGAGUAUACCUCCGUUUGUUAUCUUCUCACCAUUGAGCACGGCUCCUCUUGUAGUUCGUUUCAGCCCCAAGCUCAGUGAGGUGCCAGCAACCAUAAAGAAACCCAUAAGGAAAAGACUAUUGUCAUACACCAAGUAUGUCGCUGUGUAUUGGAAGAAGCAAAGAAGAUAUAGAAGGCAUUACCACAAGUACUUUGAUGAGUAUGAGAUGAAGGAAACCAUCUGA